AUGGCCGAUAUCAAAAAACUGCAAACCGUCGGCAUUUGCACUGUGAAGGGCGUGAUGAUGACAACCAAGAAACGAUUAGCAGAAGUGAAAGGGCUCUCCGAGGCAAAAGUGGAUAAAAUUAAGGAAGCCGCAUGCAAGAUACUGAAAAAUGGAUUCAUAACUGCUUUGGAAGUUUGCGCUCGACGUAAGCAGUGUUUCAAAAUUUCGACGGGAAGUUCUGAAUUCGACAAAUUGCUUGGUGGUGGUAUUGAGAGCCAGAGUAUCACUGAGGUUUUUGGAGAGUUCCGCACGGGAAAAACACAGCUAUCUCAUACAUUGUGUGCCACUUGCCAGCUGCCAAAUGGAAACUAUCGCGGUGGUAAAGUUAUAUUCAUCGACACCGAGAACACAUUGUAUGUUCCACGAUUGCCUUUAUCGCAGCAGUGGUGCAUCCAAUGA